AAAUCAUACCACUAAACCUUUCCCCACUUUGCAAACAUAAAAAGUAAAAAAAUGAAUGCAAAUUAUUUCUCUGUCCUCACUUAAAUCUUCGCUUGCUUCGUUCUCAAUUCAAGUUGUUCAUUUUGAGCUUCACUCCACUAUUAUUUUUCUCCCUUCCCCUGUAAGCUUUUAGAGAAAGUUCCCCUACUUUUGCUUUGAGAUUUCUUUUGGUGGCAGAGAAGAAGUAUGAAGAAAUGUGACCAUGAAGACUACUCUAUAUCUGAGUUUGAUCCUUGCACAGAUUUUGAAGAGUUUUUGUCAGAAGCAAGAAAGAAUGUAACAAGCGAAGGUAUUCUUGGAGUUACAAUUACACCACCACAUCUUGAAGUAUCAAAUAAGAAAAAAACGAGAAACACAUCAUGGAAAAGAACACUGUUUUCAUGGUUAAAGAGAGAAAAGAAGAACAGUGAUAAAGGAUCACCAAAGAUGAACAUGUCCAAGCAAAGCAGUGGUUGUGUUUCUGGACCGGUACAUUGCCAUCGGAGUGCAACAUCAACUCCAAGGCCUCGGAAGACUCAAUCGG